AUGCCCAGUGUAUCGCAAUAUCAGCAAUCCUCCACGAGACGAUUGGCAUUUGGCGGCGUGGGCACGGACAGUAAUCAGAGAAUGAAGAAACAACUAGAUUUUUAUAAGAAUACAACACUGACGAAUCUCAGCAAGCUAUUCUGCGCGAUCGUCCUCGUCACAGCAUUUUUCCUUGUCAUGUCGCGAUCCUUCAAUUUCGAGGCCCAUUUCCCGGAUGGUAUCUGGGGAGGAACAAGGCAUGGCCGACACUUCGCAACACUACAAAACAACUCCAUAUUACCGUAUUCUGUGCAACCCGCG